CACACAAAGACAAAUUAAUAUUUUCUCUAUAUGACCUCUUUAUAGUUUGACACGAAAGAUAACAUACCAUUGGUCUUUCAGAGGGCCCUGCAGUGGAGUGCGCCUCGUUUUCUUCAGCAUCGACAAAGUGUCUGUCUCUGAGCCCUCCUGGUCCUCUGGUCGGGCUGCUUGCAGCCACUAGUGGGCCGGUGCGGUGCAGCCAUCCUGUCCGGCUCAGCCUGGCUCUGGGAGGGAAGAGAGAGGAUGCUGAGGCCUGUCAGUCCCACCACACAUCCACUACUAACCCGGGGCUACUAGGCUGGUCCGGGCUAUGGCUGCACCUAUCGCACAUUUCGACGAAGACUGGCCGAUCCUGGGUGAUCUGAGCAUGGUGUCCGACCGGAGGCUGCUGCAGAAAGGCCGUGUGUCCGCCGCCGCUGCGGGGGAAACACUACCGCAGCUCCUCCUGCAGAAUGAGGAUAUCCCGGAGCUGAACGACUGCAGCUUCUCCCCGGGGGACACCGGAGUUUUCCGGUCCAUGGAGGACCUGGUGAACGAUUUUGACGAAAAGUUAUCCGCGUGUUUCCACAAUUUUAACGCCAAGACGGACCGCAUCGCUCCAGUGAGGGAGAUCACCGAGGACGCGCUGCUGGAGAAAGACGAAAUCUGGAAGGCAUUGACCAGUAACUACGGCCAUGUGAUGCCGGUGGACUGGAACCAGUCUCUUACUCGCUCCCACCACAUCCCCACAUUCAACCUGGAGGAGAAACCCAGAAAGACUGAUGUCACUGCGGAGCUGUCGGACGAUGAGGAGCUGAGGGAGCAGCUGGACAUGCACUCCAUCAUCGUCUCCUGCCUCGCCGAGGAGCCCCUCUUCACCGCAGAGCAGGUUAUCGAGGAGAUAGAGGAGAUGAUGCAGGACUCUCCUGACAUGGAGGCAGGGCAUAAUCCGUCUCAGUCGGACCUCUCGAUGCUCUCUCUGGAUGUCCAGAGGACCACCAGGAGCCCAAGCUUCGAGUUGAAGGUGAGGACCCUGAGCGUUGCAGAGCUGAAUGAGCGUCUGGAGGAGAUGGAGGCGAACAUCAGGAGGUUCUCAGAGGAGCUGGUGACACAGCUGGCGCUCAGGGACGAGCUGGACUUUGAAAAAGAGGUGAAGAACAGCUUCAUCUCAGCGCUCAUCGACGUACAGAACCGGCAGAAGGAGCACCGGGAGCUGCUGAAGAAGAAGAAGAAGCUUAAAGGUGGAGCCGGGACGUCGCAGGGCCACGCGGAGAAAACGGUUGGAUCACGCUUCAGCGUGGAGGGACUCUCCUCCGUCAUUCAGAACAGCUUCCGGCAAACUUUUGGCAGCGGGUGCAGUGAAAGACAGUAUUUGACAACAGUCAUCCCAUAUGAGAAGAAGGGACACCCUCCAUCACUUGAGGACCUCCAGAUCCUGACUAAGAUCCUACAAGCUAUGAGAGACGACAGUGACAAGGUGCCCAGUCUCUUAACAGACUAUAUUCUCAAAGGUGAGCUUUUCUCUUUUCUUGUUUGCAGAGUGAUAUAUUGGCAGUGUGUCUGCACUGUAAAUGAUGUUUCACUGGAACCAGUGGAUCAAUGACUGAUCCAUUUUGACCGGUGCUCGUGAUGUGAAGUCAGAAGGGGACAUGCUAUGCUCAUUUUCAGAUUCAUAAAACAUGAAUAAACAUCAUAAAACUUUAAUAUUAACCACCUUAUUUUUUUUAUACUGCCCAUGUCUGCUGCAGCUCUAUUUAACCUCUUCCUGAGACGCUCUAUUGUGUCUCUUUCAAAAACCGCCAGUCUGCUCUGAUUGGUCAGCUGUUCUUAUGUUAUGUUUUAUAGCAAAUAAAAAAGGAAGGGACAAUAUGUUGCAUUUUAUGUCACUGGUGCCAAGUGUGUAGUUUUCUACAUGUAUCUAAUUGUAAAUUGAUAAAAUUACCUUUAAACAUACUUGAUAUAAGUAAUCCAGUAUUGUAAACGUCAUUAUAAUUAGUUGUGCAGUUGCUGUUGCUUGGUAUUGCAGUUGAGAGCAGGUACUCGCUUGGAAACAGUUCAGCUUGAUGCUGAUAUAUGAGGAAUUGACAGAUGCCAGAAAGUAUCGCUUUUAUAUGUUGUGCCAUGGGAAAAAAACAGAAAAAACAACAAGGAGAUAUUCAUAGUGUCUUGAAAGCAUUAUAUAAAUCUGGUAUUUAAAAGUCUGUCAGCACUCUGAAGUCUCAAAUGUCCCAGUGCUCAAUAAGUACUUGAGGACAUGAACCAGAAGAGCUCUGAGAACAGUUCCUGGAUGUAACUAGGGGCGCCGAUUUCCUUAAUUUUGCGGGAUCGGUGAUCGGCCAAUUCCUUUAUGUCAAACCGAUCUUAUCUACCUAGAUAAUAACCCCCCACCGGCAAAGCAGUGCUCCCAAUGUUGCUAAAUUCAGCAACUUUUCAGACCCCCUUAGCAACUAUUUUUCAAGAAAGCGACUGGAGACAAAUCCAGCGACUCCUUCUUACUAUU